AUGGCGCGAAUACCGCUCGCCAUUGUCCUCCUCCUAGCCGUCCUGGCUACGCUGGCCAGCGCAUCGGUCCCCUCCUUCUGCAAAUGCACCUGCUUCCAAAACAGCACCAUCAUCCCGCUCGGCCCGCAACACGACAACCAACCACCCCCACCACCACCACCCCCCAAGCAAACCCUCCCGCCUCCUCCAUCAUCGAAAGCGGCAGCGGCAGCAGCAACCCCUCCUUCGCCACUUCAACAGCCCCCGCCAACGCAACAACGAACACCGCCCCGAGCACCCAUCCCCCCCAACAACGCCGGCCUUUCUCUCGCCGCGCGCGGCCCUAGCACGCCCUCCACCCCCGCGAAUCCUCCACCUCCUGCAAGCAAAUGCAACCGAGCCUUCUGCCUGAAAUACAACCCUUCCCAUCUGCAAAGACGCCGAGGAGAAGGACAUCAAGACGAGCUGUUUCCAGCGGGACAGUCCCAAGGACCGGUUCAUCGUGUGGGGCUUCAUCCUGGGCACGGCGGGCCUGCUCGGGUGGGCGGCGCUGCGGCGGGUGAUCGAUUCCGCGCGGGACCGGCGGCAGCGGCGGUUGCAGCAGCAGCAGGGGGGUGGGGGCGGUGGUGGUGGGAUAGGGAUGGGGAUGGGAGGGGGUAG